AUGACUACUUUAUCUGAACCAGUUCGAAUAUUAAUAGUUGGAAUUAAUCCAGAAACAAACGCAAAAAUUGUUGGUACUGUUAAUGAAGAUAAAUCAAUAUUAGCAGACGGCUUCGUCGCAUCAAACAAUCCAGAGUGUGAUGCGGAAUUAAUCAAUGUCAUAAAACAAUCGACAUACGGCGCAGUUAUACUUGGCGGUGGACUUCGCGCUCAACAGGAUUGGUAUGAACGAAUUCAAAAUAUUAUUAAGAGCAAUAGUGAUUUACCCGCGGUGGGAGUUAAAGGACCAACAGUUAAUUAUGUUAAAGAAGCGUUAACAACUAUUGGUGUUCUAAAAGGAUAA